AUGGACCCUGGCAACAUGCCCUUGGGUUUAGAGACACAGACUGAUCUGUCUAGAGGGGACUGGAACCGGUACAGUAGGAGUGUAUACUCUGAAGGGUGCCUAGAUAAGAAAAGGGAGGUUAUAGUCGUAGAUGACGUGACUGUGAAAGUGGAGGCCUACGCUCCUCUGACAUGUAAUGUAGAUGAUACUCACUUAGGAGAAGGACACUCACAAGGCAGAUAUUUCUUAGAUUACAGCGAAAGCUUAGAGACAAAUCCAAAUAUUGAGACCCACUCCCCUUUACAUGCGCUCAGGGAUCGUGACCCAGUGUCCACGUCAAUGGGGCCUUCUGAUUCACAUGGCCGCAUCCUUUUUGAUCAGGUUUUGAACUCAAAGGACCAAAGGGCCGAGGUUUUGGGAGGGGGAGCAACAUCAGGCGGUAGUAAAGAGAAGCGGUUCCUCUGUAUGUUCUGUAACAAAGGCUUCAGCUGCCUCCAGAAGGUGGAGAUCCACCAGAGGGUCCACACAGGGGUGAAACCGUUCAGCUGUACCCAGUGUCACAUGCGCUUCACCGAGGCUGGCAAACUGAAGAGGCACCAGAGGGUCCACACAGGGAAGAAACCCUUCAGCUGUACCCAGUGUCAGAUGUGCUUCGCCCAGGCUGGGCACCUGAAGAGGCACCAGAGGGUCCACACAGGGGAGAAACCCUACAGCUGUACCCAGUGUCACAUGCGCUUCGCCCAGGCUGGCAACCUGAAGAUGCACCUGAAGGUCCACACAGGAGAAAGGCCGUUCGCCUGUACGCACUGCGGGAAGAGGUUCUCAGAGAGAAGCUACCUCAGGAUACACCAGCAGAAAAAACAUUCCACCCUAUAACAUAGAAAGUAACCAUUCCACUUGAUCGCUUUUGAUGUGUAGAUCAAAUGCUGCAUUCAAAUCAAAAAUGAAUUUUCAUUGUUGUCUGCAGAAAAUAUUCAUAGAUGCAUUUGGAAUAACGAGUAAUAGAUUUCAGUGUUGAAUAUUCCUGGGUAGAAUAUUGCAUCCAGGCGUUGUGUGAUAAAUAAGCCUUAAGUCUGUUACAUAUUGUGUUUGUGCUGUGUAGGCUAUAUGUUUAUAAAUGCCUAUUUCAUUACUUACAACCUACUUUAUGGGAAAAUUAAUGCAGUUGAUCAAGUUCAUGCAGAUGUUUUGUUGACAUGCAUGUGUGGUUUUUAUAUGGAGUAUUUACACUCGUACCCAUAUACAGGUUGAAAAUGGCAGAGUUGGGCACUAAUAAGUGUAAACAUUGGAACGUGGUAGCUGUACAGCGCUGU